AUGGCACCAUGGCUUUCGUCCACAUACACGCCCUAUAUGGGUCCUUCGUUCAAAGGACCAUUAGAUCUAAAGCCACUCGACACAGUAACACCAGAAGACAGUUUUAUCAACGAGGAAGUCAGGAUGUGGUAUCGGAACGAAAGGGCAAGGAUGCAACGCGACCCAGAAAGAGGCUUCGCGGAUAUGAUUUACAUACCAGCAGGCGUCCGUACCCGAGGUAUGCCUCGUUUUUGGGCCCCAUGGAUUCGUUGGAUGGAGCAAGACAAUUCCAAAAUCGUGCAGCUUGUCUCAGAAGAAAACGGCGAAGAGACGGAUGAUGAAGAAGGCUCAACCAUCAGGAUUCAGUGUGAUGCCGCCUGGCUACGUGAGAUACAUCUUAGUGUACAAGAACUUCACUGGCUUUCCACUCCGGGGCAACUUGUGACUGGAAGUGUCUUGUUCACGGUGCUCACACUCAUUGUGAAAGGCCUGGCGGAUAUUCGCAUCAUGGACCCGCUAUUGUUCAAUACAAGGCAGAACAAUACCUUUCCUUCCCGUCGGAGACUCACGCAUUUCAUCAACCACACCGACGCAGAGUCAUUCAAGAACGCGCUCGAAAGCGGCAAAGGCAAGGCUCCCAAGUAUGACCCGACCGAAGCACAAGAAGACACCCAAAAGAACGACCAGAGAUGUCAAACCGAAUACGAAAGUGAGAGGGCGACAUGGACUCAUAGUCAAGAUAAUAGCGCUGCAGUAUUGGGGGCGACAAGUUCCAGGCCCGUGAUGGUCGAAGAUUUCUCAUCUAUUCCAUCACAGGUGUUGGUCGCACCGGAUUCUAUACACAGCCUGGAGAAGGUAUGCAAACAACGAUCUCGGCCUGAUCUUGCGGAGUUUGUUUCACAGAUCAAGCACAAGGACAUCAGGGACAGGAGAAAGGGCGUAAUAGCACUCGAGGAUCCAGACGACAUCACGACGUACCAAAGAGGCAUGGAUGAGUUCUGUUCUGCCUUGAACAAAAUGGAGCUGGGCGAUCCAGAGAAAGUCGUUCGCAUGUUCAGUGUCGAUGAAAAGACCAAGAUGAGAGUGGAGAAGGCCCGAGACAAGCUUUUGAAGAAGUCAGAAAAAGGACAAGCAGAGGGCGAGGAUGACUUUUUUUCGCGAUUUCAAAAAUUGGAAAUCGAAAAAAAACCUGUGACAUGCUCACUAAUGACGUACUCCCAAGAACUUCAAAGAGAGCAUCUGACCGACACGGGAGACUUCAGUGACAUUAUAACAGCAAUGAACGAUGACCAAAAAGCGGUGUGGCUGGAAGGUAUCAGAAGGAAGGUAUCUCCAGAAGUUCGGCACUUGGUCACCGAAAAGCUACUUUUCGACCUGUACCAAAGAAAAAUCAAGGCCAGCAUGGAGGAAGCUGAAGCAGCUUCAACUAUGACAGGGGAAAUCAAGGAAGAAUCUAAGGAGAUCGAGAUGAUGAGUGGAGAGGCGGGAGAUAAAAAGGAUGCGGGAGAUGAGAAAGAUGUGGGAGGUGGGGAAGAGGCAGAGGACGACUCGGACGACUAUGAUAUGGAUGCGGCAGACUGGGAGUAUUAUUCAUCAGUCGUAUAUGCAUCAUCAGACGAUGAGCCUCCCAAAACUGACGUGGACAAGGACAUCGAAUUCGAGAGGUGGAUGGAACGUAGGUACGGUACCCAGAUCUAG